AUGGAUGUGUUCAAAGCACCUGAAAAUGAGUCUCUGCUCUCUGGUCCCACUGCAAGCUCCACACCUUGGGAUCCCUUCCACCACCCCCUGGAAUUCAUCCAGCCCUGGAACUUCCAGCUUCUAGCUGCAUUAAUGUUCUUGGUGACAUCUCUGUCACUCGCCGAGAAUUUUGCUGUCAUAUUGGUGACUUUUAAGUUCAAACAGUUGAGACAACCUGUCAAUUAUGUCAUAGUAAACCUGGCUGUAGCUGAUUUUCUGGUCUCAUUGAUUGGUGGCACGAUCAGCUUUUUUACCAAUAUAAAAGGCUAUUUUUAUAUGGGACAUUGGGCUUGUGUACUGGAGGGAUUUGCCAUCACAUUCUUUGGAAUCGUUGGUCUCUGGUCUCUUGCUCUGCUGGCUUUUGAGCGGUACAUUGUGAUCUGUCGCCCACUGGGAAAUAUGCGCCUGAGGGGGAAGCAUGCAGCCUUGGGCAUUAUCUUCGUGUGGAUCUUCUCCUUUAUCUGGACCAUCCCUCCAACCAUGGGCUGGAGCAGCUACACCACCAGCAAGAUUGGAACUACCUGUGAACCCAACUGGUAUUCAGGAGCCUAUAAUGAUCACACCUACAUUAUUACAUUCUUCACCACCUGUUUCAUACUGCCAUUACUUGUGAUUUUGGUAUCCUACGGAAAAUUGAUGAGGAAACUAAGAAAGGUGUCAGAUACUCAAGGCCGAUUAGGGACUACAAGGAAACCUGAGAGACAAGUCACUCGAAUGGUUAUUAUUAUGAUCCUUGCAUUUCUAAUCUGCUGGUCUCCAUAUGCAGCCUUUUCCAUUCUUGUCACCGCAUGGCCUUCCAUUGAUCUGGAUCCUCGUCUGGCCGCAAUCCCAGCUUUCUUUUCCAAAACAGCUACAGUUUAUAAUCCGAUUAUUUAUGUCUUUAUGAACAAACAGUUCAGGAGGUGUUUCAUUCAGCUGUUCGGAUGCAGUGACAGAGAGACUGCAACGUCCAAUAUGAACCCAACUUUGGAGAGAGCGGUGCUAACCCAGGACAAAGGUGGGGGUGAAAUGUUCACAAUAGCAGCACACAACACCAUUUCAAACAGGAGAAAUGAGGAUGAACAGAGGAGCUGCCAUUCUUUUGCUCAGUUGACAGUUUCAGAAAACAAAGUCCGUCCGAUGUAA